GAGGCCUGCUCUAGGAACAUAGACACCUUUCGUCAAAAUGGUGAGCUUCAUCAUCCUUGCUCUUGUCGUUACCCUCGCGUCGGCAAGACCACAGACAGGCUCCACCACAGUUGAUAUUAUUGUAACAACGCCAGCUGGUCAGCCACCAUGUAAAGACAUCCUAACUCAAUGCAACUUGCUCGACAAGGACUUCUACUGCAAAGGAGAAUAUUUCAACUGGGCUUUUGAAAAUUGCAAAAAUUAUUGUGGACUGUGUAAUUACACAAGUACUACAGCUACUGCUCCCACUGCUACUAAUGCUAAUACAACUGGGCAUCAAGAGCAGACCACCGUUAAUGGAACAUCUUGUGUAUACAAGGGGCAGAGCUACCAGCAAGACCAGACAUGGCUUGACGGAUGUAGCCAAUCCUGUACCUGUACGGACGCUAGUAAGGGUGUCUACACAUGCGGCAAUGUGUGUCUGAACUGGGAGAACUUGCCUAGCAUCUGCCACCUUGAGCCUCCAAGCCCAGGCUUGUGUUGCGAGCAACCCAGAUGUCCCGAUAAUGUCAUCAUCAAUAUUCCUCCUACAUAUAAAGACCAAUACCCUGUAUGCAUCUAUUAUAUUUUGUAGACGACACUCGCGGGAAAUUGUUACCUUCCUCUCUCAUUAUGUUUAACAUUUUAAUUCAUAAAUAAUAAAACAUGUGAGACAACCAUUUGAGACAAAAUGCUCAGGAUUCUGUAAAAAAAAAACUUGCUCAUUGUUUGUAGAAUGGCCUUUUGGAUUACGAAAUAAAGUGUGGCAAAUCAUAA